AUGUCUAGAGAAAAUAGCCUUGGGGAAAUUUUGUUCUCCCUUAGCUAUCUUCCUACAGCAGAGAGACUGACAGUGGUUAUCGUGAAAGCUAGGAAUCUCCAAUUUGCUGGUCCAAGUGGAGAUCCUUAUGUUAAGGUUUAUCUCCUCAGAAAUGGGAAAAAGGUCCACAAGAAGAAAACACAAUCAAAGCGAAAUGAAACAUGCCCAAUUUUCAAUGAAGCUAUGAUUUUCAGCGUACCUAAUAAUGCUCUUCAGGGCUUGGAAGUAAGAGUUACUGUAGCAGACAGCAGUGGUGUGAUAGGGCACGUGAUAGUCGGAGGAGCUGCGGCAGGUAAAGCGCUCUCACAUUGGACCCAGAUGCUUGCAUCCCUGCGUAAACCCGUUGCUAUGUGGCAUCCUCUCCUUCAGCCUCAGCACUUACCGUAGCCUCUGGGCCCGACUAAUAUACAAUGACAAUCUCCGCUUCCUUACUAUGAAAUUAGUCCUUGUGAUACUAGUUCUUCAGAUGUGCCUAUAUUCUAGAAAUAAAACUAUUUAAAAAAAAAGUAUAUAAACAUACCUUUAAGUAAUAUAAAAAUCAACAGUAAAGUUAUUGAAUGAAGUGGUUAGAUGAGAGUUAUUUAAAUGUGUUCAAUUUAACAUUGACAUAAUAAUUGUGGAUAGCUUUUCAAAAAAUUAUAAUACCCGAUCUAUUAAUCUUUGACUAAUUGUGUUACAAAUAAUAACUGAAUAAAUAUUAAUAUAAAACCAUUUAAACACUUCAUCGUAACAAAUAUUUUUUAGUAUUAGAAUGUUAAAACUUUCAAAUUAAAUUAUUUUUUCAAAACUAUAGCAAUUUAGUUGAGUAAGUAUUAUAUUAUUUUUAAUAGCAUAUGGUAAAGUACUGAUUAUCUGUAUGAAUUGAAAAGCUAACUUUGAAAGUUUUUCAAUUGAAAAUAUGGUUAAACAUAACAAUCAUUAAAGAUAAAAUAAUUAUAAAUUAUUUUUACUUAAUUUCAGUUAAAAUUUUAACCGGAGUCGAACAAAUGUGUCAUAAAUCUUGUCUACUGCAUUGCCUCUAUGUUAAGGUAACCAGAAUAUGAAUGAAAUUAAAGUUUAUUAAUUUAUUAAAUAUGCUGCAAUGACCUACAUAUAUAAUUAUCAUGUUCAAUGAGCUUAUAAUUAUUCCACAAGAAUUAAACCUCUUUUUUAUUUUAUAUUUAUAAAAUUCUCAUGAAGCAUAUUAUAUUAUUUUGAAAAUGUUUGUUCAGUUCAUUUUUUAUUAACGUCAUGAAGAAAUAUAAAAAUAUAUAUUUCAUGUUUUUACAUUUUAUGUCAAUGCAACAUGAUAUUCUUCAAUUUAAUGAAUUUUAUUUAAUAUGUAUGAAACAUCUAAUUUUAAAAAUCUACAAAAAGUGAAAUUAAUAUUAGAUUGUUCCUAAUGCCAAUGUACAGAAUUGUCUUAAUGGAAAAUCAUCAGCCUGAUAGUAAUUUUUCUUUUUUAUAAUUUAACAAAAUUGUAUAACAUACGAUAUGUCAACAUAUGAUAGAGCAACAUUAAUUAUAUAUGUUUCUCAGCACUAAUAAAAACUAAAUUCUAUGGCACAAAGUAUAUGAAUAUUAUCUUAUUUUAAUUUUAUUCUUGAAUAAUAAAUUAAAUGUGCUCAGUUGCAAGUGAUAUGUUAAUAAAUUUUGUUCUGUAUCAUUGCAGGGGUGAUAUAAUACAUAACUUAUACUUGGGAAUAGUUUUUUUAGAAAUAUAUUAAAAUCAGUAUACUAAAUGAAUGUCUGGCAACAUUUUAAAUGAAUAUAUAUUACUUAUAUGUAUAACAGCAAUAAGCACACUACAGUUGGUAUUUAGCCUAUAAAAAAUAUUUGAACUUGUGUGUGAAAUUUCACUUCUUUAACUAAAAGCUAUAAGUUACUCUCUUUUAAUUUUUGGGAUUGUCUGCAAGGGAGAGAGAAACGGGAUGAACUGUAUCAUUUUGAUAUCAAUUACUGAACAAAAACUAUAAUACAUUUAAGGUAAAAGCUGUUAAGUAAAAAAAAAAAUAAAAUAAAAAAAUGAGCUGACAUCUUCCUCAAAAAAUGGAAAUAAUAAGAUUUCAGGACCUCCUAGACCUCUAUUUUAUAAAUUUGUGGUUUACAUUUUCUCCUUGUAUAUUUGUCAGUUUUGCUUUAGUAUUGCCGGAAACCGUAAUCAAAAUAAUGAGUGGCAAAUCAAGAAGAUCCUUCAUGAUCUACUUAUUAUAUAUAUUUAUUUCUCUUUAACUAGUUUGCUUUAUCCCAAUUUUGUUUUCUUAGUGUGUUUAUGAUUUAUCUGUUUUUUACUUUACUUGAUGAAAGAAUUGGAAAUUUAAUGG